AUGGAUGUUCCUGGAUCCGGAAAUCUAACUUUUGAAAUCAUUGCUGGAUCGCUUCCAUAUGGGGUGUUCCUUGAUUCAGAAAACCGCCGGAUAUAUGGUAUUGUGCCAGAUCAUGAUGCUGAGUAUACAUUUACUGUAAGAGCCAAAACCGAAUACGGAAAAUUUGCAGAUGCCGUUUUCCACUUUGAUUCAUAUGAAUCAGAUCAAUGUCAAGAACAUCCUUGCCAUAACAAUGGCGUAUGUAAUGAAACUCGUGAAGGAUUAGGCUACACAUGUCUUUGUGAUGGGCAUUAUGGUGGAGUUAAUUGCGACGCAGACUGCAGGUUAAACAGCAUUGGAGUACAGAACAGACACAUCAUUCCUGAUGCUCAUUUAUCUGCAUACUUGUCACGUAACCAAUCACUGGCUACAGAGGCAAGGUUUAAUAGCAAUGCUUCAGCGGGCUGGUGUGGGGAAAACGCCAACUCAUGGAUACAAGUAGAUUUGGGUAAUAAGGGGAGAAUAUUUGCUGUGACCACUAAGUCUGGGGAUAUUAACCGAAAAAUGGAAUCUUUCACUCUGUCCUGUAGCACUGAUGGCACCAGAUUUUCAGACGUUUUCGAUACGAACACAACUACAACUUAUGUAUUUUCCAGUGCUAUCGGGGCAUUAACCCAGCCUCUUCCUGAUCCUGUCACGUGUCGGUUUGUGAGACUCCAUCCCAAGUCCUACAAAGGUCAUCCGUGUCUGAAGUUUGAACUUCAUGGUUGUGUUCCUUAACGUGAACUAGUGGACUGCAACUGACUUAAUAAUUUUUCAAAUAAAAUUCUACAAUGUU